AUGUCGCGACGCUCCGACGCGCGUUCAACUGCUGGCGCGGCGAGGCAAAUGGACGCACAGACGCUGCAGAGGAAGCCUACGAGCGGGGAACUCUCGCUCAAGGUGCUUCUUCGCUUCUUUCUGUCGAGUGUCUUUGUUGCGAUGUCAUCUCCCAGCAGCGGGGAGUUCAGCGAUUUGGACAAGGAUGUCCUGGUUGCCGCAAGCCAGACCAGCGUGUUCGAUUCGGUCCCUAGCGAUGACGACUCUCCUCGCCCUCCCAAACGACGUCGUCUUCAUGCGCAAAAUGACGGGCCGGGUCCGGCUCGUUCGGCUGCUGAUGAGGCUUCCAGUGUCGACGAGAAUGACUAUUCAGACGUGAAUUCAACCUCGUCGGCCGAUGAUCUCCCUCCACCACCCCGCGGCAGAUUCUCGAAGGAUAGCGACGGACACUCUCCGAGGGCCAAAAGGUCCAAAUAUAAGAUUCAUAUUCCGAAACAUACCAGUGUGCAGGAGGACACGUUCGUAUCGCAGUUGACGCAACCUCAUUCCAGUCCAUCAAGGAUUCGAGGACCCCGUUGGAAAAGACCGGACCCUGAGCCUCCGCAAACAAAUGUAACGCCACAAGGUAAUGAGAAGGUGGACAGAGAUGAAGAUGAGGAGGAGGAGGAUCUGCGGGCUGCGAUAGCUGCUUCAUUGGAGUCAUUUGAGGCGGAGAACUCCCAAGUAGCUACAAAUCCCGACUCCAAAGGCUCAACAGCCCCUGUCCCUCGUGAUACCCAACCUCAGCCUGCUACUGCCCAGACGGAUAUAGGGUUUGAUCUCGAUGAUAUCCCCGAAGAUGCGUUUGAUUCCUCUCCGUCCCUGUCGCCGUGCACAGGCCCAGAGGACUCUUUCACAGCUAAUUCACGACCAGCGGCGAGCCAAUCUUUCUCCAGACCUCAACCACAGACCCAGCGCACAAAUCUCCGCCAGACGACCUUGUUCGACCUGGCCGCUCGAAGUACACCACAGGGAGGUCGGAGCUGGUCGCCGCCUCCCAGGGACGAACCUCCCACGCACCAUAAGCUGGACACAGAGGCAAUGAAGACAUGGGUUUACCCGACCAACAUUGGCUCGAUAAGAGAUUACCAAUUCAAUAUUGCGCAAAAGGGUCUGUUUCAUAACCUCCUUGUUGCAUUGCCCACUGGUCUCGGGAAGACGUUCAUUGCCGCAACCAUCAUGCUUAACUGGUUUCGCUGGACACGGGAUGCUCAGAUCGUCUUUGUGGCGCCUACGAAACCGCUGGUGUCCCAGCAGGUCUCGGCGUGUCUGGAAAUCGCAGGGAUGCCUCGUUCUCAAACGACCCUGCUUACCGGAAAUGUGCCUCCGGGGACUCGUGCUGAGGAAUGGCAGAGCAAGCGUGUCUUCUUCAUGACACCUCAGACAUUGGUCAACGAUCUCAAAACCGGCAUAGCGGAUCCAAAGCGAAUCGUUCUGCUUGUCGUUGAUGAGGCCCAUCGGGCUACGGGUGGCUACGCUUACGUAGAAGUUGUCAAAUUCCUUCGGCGGUUUAAUAAAAGUUUCAGGGUUUUGGCAUUGACGGCGACUCCCGGUUCCACCGUGGAGGCUGUCCAGGCUGUCAUUGACGGAUUAGAUAUAGCGAGAGUGGAGAUACGGACUGAACAAUCUCUUGACAUACGCGAUUACAUACAUGCGCGAAAUGUCGACAUACAAACGUUCACGAAUUCAGAAGAGAUGAUACUGUGUAUGGAUCUUCUUUCCAAAGCGCUACAACCAAGCGUCGAUGAACUUCGCAACCUUAAUGCGUAUUGGGGAAGGGACCCCAUGAGUCUUACAGCAUACGGUCUUACCAAGGCAAGACAGCAAUGGAUGAGUUCGGACGCUGGAAGGAAUGCAAGCUUCGGUCUCAAAGGGAAAGUCAAUGCGCUAUUCACUGUCCUGGCCAGUCUAGCUCAUGGUAUUGAUCUGUUGAAAUAUCAUGGCAUUGUACCCUUCUACCACCAUCUCGUUUCUUUCCGAUCCAGUACCGAGGGCAAAAAAGGAGGGAAAUAUCAACGCCAAAUUGUUGAGGAUGAACACUUCAAAAAGCUGAUGAACCAUCUCCAGCCGUGGGUCAACGACCCUGAAUUUAUCGGACACCCGAAACUGGAAUAUUUGAGACAGGUUGUUCUAAAUCAUUUCAUGGAUGCUGGGGAGGGCCUUGACGGCGCUGACGGGCGUUCGCGGUCCAACACGAGAGUCAUGAUAUUCGUGCACUUUCGAGACAGUGCCGAAGAAGUUACAAGGGUCUUGAAGAGACACGAGCCCAUUAUUCGACCACAUGUAUUCGUCGGCCAAGCUAGUGCCAAAGGCUCGGAAGGGAUGGACCAGAAGACACAGCUGAGUAUUGUGGAAAAGUUCAAGAAGGGGACAUACAAUACGAUCGUUGCGACCUCGAUUGGCGAAGAGGGUUUGGAUAUCGGCGAAAUUGAUCUCAUUGUGUGUUACGAUUCUUCCGCCUCUCCAAUUCGGAUGCUGCAGCGGAUGGGCCGUACCGGUAGGAGACGGGCUGGCAACAUCAUCCUCCUCUUAAUGCAGGGCAAGGAAGAGGAGUCUUACAUCAAAGCCAAGGAUAACUAUGAGAAGAUGCAGCAACUGAUUGCCAGUGGCACUCGCUUCACGUUUCAUGAUGACAGGUCUCCCCGCAUCCUCCCCAAAGAUGUGAAGCCAGUUGUGGAUAAACGCAAUGUUGAGAUCCCUCCUGAAAACUCACAGCCAGAAUUGCCGGAGCCGCAGAGGAAGGUCAAUCCCCCGAAACGGCCACCGAAGAAAUUCCAUAUGCCAGACAAUGUGGAAACUGGCUUCACCAAGGCUUCGCAUCUGGGGUCUGGUAAUGGUAAUGUGGUCCGCCGAAAGGCUGCGGAUAAGCACAAGAGUCCCGUUCGCAGUCCAUCUCCGGAGCCGGUUCCGUCCCUUGAAGAGGUACUACUCACUCCAGCCCAACAGAGGGAAUUGGAAGUUCGGUACCGCAACGUUGGCGGCACGUCUCCGCAAUACAUCCAUCGCCCUCGAAACGAUGCGUACCCUGGUCUGCAACGAGUCUUCAGACCAACAAAGCUGAUUGGUCAUGGAUCGCUAACGCGCCGGAUGGUUGAUGCCCUUCAGAAAAUGGCUGCAACUGAACCUGGCUGUGAGGAUCGAUACAGGAGCAUAUUGGACAGAUGCAUUGCAAGGCAAGCCAGUCUGGGAAAGACUCGCACGCUGGCUACAUCUACGGAAGAGAGCGAUGGACAACGAACUCCAACACGCAAUUCGUCAGGAAAGACCGGUCCAAAGCAGCCAUCUGAGAGGAGUCGUUUGGAGAAGCCAGUCAAGACAACAUCAUACUCUACAGCAGCCAAUGCACACAUCCCAUCUGCUUCUCCAUAUCGUGAUAGUACACGACUAUCCUCGCCCUUGAUGUGCUCUCCUCCUGCAGCUGAAACUGCGGAACAUAAACCUUUCUAUGCCUCGCAAAUGAGCGAUGUUGAUGAGAACCUGGAUCUCGAUCUCCCCGAUAUCGGCACGCUUGUUGAUAGAGAAUCCAAGCCUGCGGCUCGGAAGAGAAAGAGGACCGUUAUCGAUGACGACGACGAUGACGACUUUUUCUGA